CAGGCGAAAGCAAAGCUGUGCUUGCUCGUGCGCGUUUCGAACCACAUACACCACCCACUCAUACACACACACAGAACACACUCCGUGACAUACAAGCCACACACACACACACACAGAAACACACACACGUCGUACUUGUGUAUGGUGCACGAACAAACUAAAUUCAAAUGCCAUUUUAUUAAAUAAACGGGUUAAUCUAAAUGCUGUAAAUGAAAAUGAGACGCAAGUAACGUGAUUCCUGGCACUCUGUGUGGGCCAAAAAAAGAAAAGACGACAUCUUAGCCAAUAUCGUCGCAUGUUUUUCCAUGCACCGUUUUUCUUCUGUAUCUGUUUUCCGCAACAAACACGUUGCAAGCUACUCACAAACUAACUAAACGCGAACAAAUUACGCAAAAAACAAAGUAAAAAUUGUAUAUAAAUUCACUUUUACAAUUAAAAACGCUCAUCGAAACGUUAAAACUACUGCAAAAAUGAUCGUUCGUCACCGAUCCCGCCGCGCACGCAUGUGGAACAUGGGCCUGCUCUUUCUGAUCUACUAUUGUGUGAGCAUCUACUCGGCCAAGGGCGAUGAGAAGGCAGAGCUUCCCUUGGAUGUGGGCAUGCUUCCGGAAGCAGCUGAAGCUGAUGUUCUGACUGAAGCUAAUGUUCCGCCUGAAGCCGCGAGUACCACACCCAAUCCACUGUCCUCCACUGAGAAAAUGGAUGCGGAGACGACAAUGGCGACGCAUUUGCAUGGCGCUGUGCCCACUUGGCGGCCAAAGCGAGAGAAUUGCACACCGCCGGCUAUCGAGCAGUUUCCACAGCCCCUGAUGAAUAAGUGGGCGCGACAGCAUGGUGGACUCAUUAUACACAUUCUGGUGGCCAUUUUCACGUUCUUUGGCCUGGCCAUUGUGUGCGAUGAGUACUUUGUGGCCAGUCUGGACAGGCUGUGCGAGGAGCUAAAGCUGUCACCGGAUGUGGCAGGUGCCACAUUCAUGGCCGCCGGCAGCUCUGCGCCCGAGCUGGCCACUGUGGUGAUUGGUGUGUUCUUUGCCAAGGACGAUAUUGGCAUCAGUGGUGUCAUCGGUUCCGCCGUGUUCAACAUCAUGUUUGUCAUUUCCGUCUGUGCACUGUGCUCCGGCACAGUUUGCCAACUGAACUGGUGGCCACUCGUCCGUGAUUGCUUCUUCUACUGCGUGGCCAUAUUGGUCAUGCUAAUAAUUAUAUUUAAUGAUGUCAUCUCUUGCGCUGAAUCUGUGGUGAUGUUGCUGUGUUAUGUGGGCUACUGCAUUGCCUUGCAUUUCAAUACGGAACUGGAGCGCUGGGCAAUGGGUUUGAAUCUGCCAUUCAAGCUGCCCAGCAAGGAGGAGCAAUCUGCGUUGGUCACCUACAAAAAUGUGCCCGAAAGCUCUUACACACAGGGCACUGCAGGAGCACAGCAGAAGGAAUCGGAAACGAGUCCACAGCAGCAGCAACAACAACAACAACAGCCAUCGGGACAAGGUGACUAUCAGAGCUACAAUGAUCCCAAUGCCAGUUGGGAUCCGAAUGCGGCGUGGGGCCAGGAGAAUCAGCCACAGCCAUUGGCGGCAACAGGUGCAACAAGAGCCAAUCAACCGCCGCCGGAAGACGAUUGGGGCAUGAAUCAGUUUAACCAGGGCCAGGGCCAAGAGAAUAUGGCCUACCAUUCGGAUCAGCCGGACUCCGUGGUAACAGGCGAAUCUGCCGCUGCAUCGGCUAAAACUCAAGUGGUCGCUGCAGCUCCCGCUGGCGUUGACUACUACAAGUCGACGGAUAAGCAACGGGAGCCACGACCCGAUCCAUUGCUGCGACCCACUGAGGGCGGCUUGCCGGCACUGGUUGCCUGGUAUGUGGUCUAUCCGAUACACUAUUUGUGCAAGAAGACAAUGCCGGAUUGCCGGCAGGAUCAGUAUCGCAACUGGUAUCCAUUCACGUUUCUCAUGUCGAUGGUUUGGAUAUCGUUCUACUCAUAUUUUAUGGUCUGGAUGAUAACGGUGAUUGGCUCGACGCUGGCCAUACCCGAUACUGUGAUGGGCCUGACGUUCGUAGCUGCUGGCGUUUCUGUGCCGGAUGCCCUAAGCUCAAUAGCCGUUAUCAAAGAGGGCUUCGGCGACAUGGCCGUAUCGAAUGCAAUUGGCUCAAAUGUCUUUGAUAUACUAGUGUGCUUAGGACUUCCAUGGUUCAUACAAACGGCCAUUAUUAAACCCGGCUCGCACGUCAAUGUCAUAUCCAAGGGUCUGGCCUAUUCCACACUCUCGCUCUUCUCCACCGUUGUCUUCUUGUUACUGUCGACGCAUUUGAAUGGCUGGAAGCUGGACAAACGCUUGGGCAUCAUACUGAUGGUCUGGUAUUUGUUCUUCAUAACGCUCGCUGCGCUCUACGAGAUGAACGUAUUUGGUUACAUGAACCCACCAGAGUGUCCCAGCACGUUCUAAACAACUGACUACCAUAUUAAAUAGCAGACGCACCUAGAUUCGCAUCACCAGCACCAAUUACGAGUACCAUAUACAUAUAUAUAAGUACAUACAAGCAUACAUACUUACAUACAUACAUACAUGCAGUACAUAGCCACAGCAAAGAGCAAAGAGUACCAUAA